CAGCGGCGGUCAGCGGGUGUAGUCGCUUAGAACGAUCAAAGUGUUGGCAGUCUAAAAAGCUGUUCCCUGAGCCGCCUGCUAAUACUUUCGUCUGAACCAGUACUUCAGCCAAUCCACAAAGCAGCCUCGAUGACGGCGGUUAACGAGAGGCAGGAGCCCGCGGCCACGGACCUAGGCGCCCUGCUGGACGCCGGCGACGCCGCCUUCGUGACGCUGGAGGCGGGGCAGACGCGGCUGGCGGCGCACGCGGCCGUCCUGGCCGCCAGGAGCCCCGUCUUCGCGGCCAUGUUCCAGCACGACAUGCUGGAGGCCGCCUGCGGCCGGGUCAGCAUCGCCGACGUGGAGGCUCCGGUGAUGAGGCAGCUGCUGGCCUACAUGUACACCCUCCAGACGCCGCAGCUGUCCAGCACGGCCCCGCAGCUGCUGGCGGCGGCGGAUAAGUACGGCCUGACGGCACUGAAGGCUGCCUGCGAGCGGCAGAUGGCCGCUCAGCUGGACGUCGAGAACGCGGCGGCCGCAGCUGUCGUAGCGGUGAGGCACUCCUGCCCCCAGCUGACCGCGGCUGCCGUCGCCUUCAUAAACGCCAACCGCCAGGUCUUGUCAACCCGGGGCUGGGCAGAGGCGAUGAGGAACCACCUAGAACACGUCAUCGAAGUGACCAGGCUGCUCAGCGAGUCACCAGCGGAAACUGGGUGA